GUUGACGUUGGGUAUAAAAUAUAACUUGAUUCCGUGCAAGUAAUGAAAUUAGAAUUCAGCAUUCAGAACAGUUUGGUAGGAAAAAUCUGCAUCGCAGCUUGUUGUUGCAUUUUUUCAUAUUUUUCUUUCAUACACUUUUUAUCGUUGUUCGUCAAGUAAUCUCCUCUUACAGGCCACUUACAAUGGGGCAAUUCUCAAGUAUUCUGACUCAGUUCUUCCCCCCCGGAAAGCCGAAGUUCACUGAGAAAAAUAUACCCGAUUUAUCAGGAAAAGUGUACAUUGUUACCGGGUCGAACACGGGCAUAGGCAAGGAAACGGCUCGGAUCCUUUACUCCAAGAAUGCGAAAGUGUACAUCGCGGCGCGCUCCUUGGACAAGUCGAACAAGGCCAUAGAGGAUAUCAAGAAGGCUCACCCUAAUUCCAAAGGUGCCUUGGCAUUCCUAAAGUUGGACCUUAACGAUUUGACCACGAUAAAGGCAUCAGCAGACGAAUUCCUCGCCAAGGAAAAGAGACUCGACGUCCUCUUCAACAAUGCCGGCGUCCAGAACCCACUCCCGGAGCCUAGCAAGACAUCCCAGGGCUAUGAAUACCACCUUGGCUUGAACGUGCUGGGCACAUUUGCACUCACGAAGCUCCUGACACCUAUUCUUGCCUCGACGGCCAAGGUUCAGGGCACAUCUCGCGUAGUCUGGGUCUCAUCAGUGGGUGCGCAAAUAGGCGGCGAGAAGUCAGUCGGCAUCGACAUGAGCAACUUAGACUACCACAUCGAGAAGCCGUAUAUGUACAGGUAUAGCAUCAGCAAAGUUGGCAACUGGAUGCACGGCGUUGAGUUUGCGAAGCGGUACAAGGAUGACGGUGUCAUCAGCAUCCCACUGAAUCCUGGAAACCUCGCUUCGGAUCUGUACCGUAACACGGCGGGCCUGGUGAAGAUGAUCACGAACCUCAUCACGUACCCUCCUAUCAAUGGGGCAUACACCCUUCUUUACGCAGGUCUUUCACCUGAUAUCACUGUUAAAAAUACUGGCAGUUGGGUAAUUCCAUGGGGACGCAUUGCCCCAUUCCGAAAGGAUCUAAUCGAAGCGACCAAGACUGUAGAAGAAGGCGGUAAUGGAACUGGGAAGAAGUUUUGGGAAUGGUGUGAGGAGCAAGUCAAGCCGUACGUCUAAUCUGGGGACUUUUUGGGUUUGUGUUUCUUCUUCUUUUAUAAAUGGUGUUUGGACUAUCCGAAGAUGGAAGGGGAUGGUGUAUGUUUUUGUAUGUACCUAGGUAGUGUUGCACUUGAUGAUAGAAAGUUGGAUGUAUGGUUGGUAGAGCAGGGCACUUACAUACAUGUAGUAGUAAUUAUCAAUUAAUGUUGAAAGAACAAUAUUUGUUCUGCA